CACGGAGGAGAAAGGAGAGGAGGAGGCGAGAAGCAGCGAGACAGUCAGCCGGGGAUCGCUCACUUCCUCGCGGCCACCGCCGCGACGUUCCCCCGGCUUGCAGUUCCCUCCUCCGAGCGAUGAGACGGAAGGAGAAGCGGCUGCUGCAGUUCGCCGGGCUGCUCAUCGCGGCUCUCCUCUUCCUCCCUAACGUCGGUCUGUGGUCCUUGUACCGGGACCGGGUGUUCGACAGACCGGCGGUCACCGCGGCGGACGGGGCGGGGGGCGGCCCGCAGACACAGCGGCUAAACCAGAUGAGGAAGGUCGCUCAGGUUGGGCAAGACGGCGUGCGGCGCAUGGACUGGCACGACUACAACGCCAUAAAGAGAGACGCCUCGAGAGUCGGAAAUGGCGAACAGGGAAAACCUUUUCCCAUCUCCGAGGCCGACCGCGUGGACCUGGCCUACAGGGAGAACGGCUUCAACAUCUACGUCAGCGACCGCAUCUCACUCAACCGCUCCGUACCGGACAUCCGCCACACAAAUUGUAAACAGAAGCUGUAUGCCGAGAAGCUCCCCAACACCAGCGUCAUCAUCCCGUUCCACAACGAGGGCUGGUCGUCGCUCCUGAGAACCGUCCACAGCGUCCUGAACCGCUCGCCUCCGCAGCUCAUCGCCGAGGUCAUUCUGGUGGACGACUUCAGCGACAAAGAGCACCUGAAGGUGGCGCUGGAGGAGUACAUGGACCGCUUGCCCAAAGUGCGCAUCCUGAGGACCAAGAAGAGGGAAGGCCUGAUCCGGACCCGCCUCUUGGGCGCCGCCGCCGCAAAGGCCCAGGUCAUCACGUUCCUGGACUCUCACUGCGAGGCCAACAUCAACUGGUUGCCGCCGCUACUCGACCGAAUCGCCCAGAAUCGGAAAACGGUGGUUUGCCCGAUGAUCGACGUAAUCGACCACGACCACUUUGGCUACGACGCGCAGGCGGGCGACGCCAUGCGGGGAGCCUUCGACUGGGAAAUGUACUACAAGCGCAUCCCCAUCCCCGCCCGACUGCAGAAGGACGACCCCAGUGAACCCUUUGAGUCUCCGGUGAUGGCAGGCGGGUUGUUCGCCAUUGACAGGAAGUGGUUCUGGGAACUGGGAGGGUACGACACGGGUCUGGAGAUCUGGGGAGGAGAGCAGUACGAGCUCUCCUUCAAGUUGUGGAUGUGCGGCGGUCGCAUGGAGGACAUCCCGUGCUCCAGGGUGGGACACAUCUACAGGAAGUAUGUCCCCUAUAAAGUCCCCGGAGGGAUCAGCUUAGCGAAGAACCUGAAGCGCGUGGCCGAGGUAUGGAUGGACGAGUACGCCGAGUACGUGUACCAGCGGCGACCCGAGUAUCGUCACCUGUCGGCGGGCGACAUGACAGCCCAGAAAGGGCUGAGGAGCCGCCUGGCGUGCAAGAAUUUCAAGUGGUUCAUGAGCGAGGUGGCCUGGGAUCUGCCUGAUCACUACCCGCCCGUGGAGCCCCCCGCUGCGGCCUGGGGCAAGAUCCGCAACGCGGGCAGCGGCAUGUGCAUGGAGGUCAAACACUUCGUAUCGGGCAGCCCCGUGCGCCUAGAGAACUGCGCCAAAAGCCGCGGCGACGUGGCCUGGAGUCACGGACAGGUGUUGACGCUGGGUUGGCGAGAGGACAUCCGCGUGGGGGACCCGGUGCACACCAGGAAGGUUUGCCUGGACGCCGUCUCCCACAGAAGCCUCGUCACCCUCUACGACUGUCACGGCAUGAAGGGAAACCAACUGUGGCGCUACCGAAAGGAUAAGAGCUUGUACCACCCGGUGAGCAACAGCUGCGUGGACAGCAAUCCCGGCGAGCGGCGCGUUUUCAUGAACGCAUGUGACCCGACUUCCCUUAGCCAGCAGUGGCUCUUCGAGAGGACCAACGCCACUGUUCUGGAGCGCUUCAACCGGGGCACAGAUUGACUCCGCCCCUGCAAGGUGAGAUGAAAAAAAAAAACGGAGGGGGAAUAACGAGCCGUUGUGACAAAUAGUCGAGGAAAAGCCAUCGUGAGGUGCGCUGCCCGGUCCAAAGGGCGACGACGAUGUCCAGAAUCCAAUCAGACCACGGGAGCUUGAGACCAGGAAGGCGGUGGUCCUGGAGGGGGGGCGGUCGGUCCCCCGAAGACCCUCCGAAGAAGUUCGCUCUCUUUUUAAAGCGUCAGUUCAAAUGUUUGGAGAACUCUCUUGGUCAAAGUCUGAUUUGGACGGACGCGCCAUCGUGUCUUCUUCAGUCGCCGCCUCCGGACGCUCUUGCACAGGCCGCCGACUCCUUUCGCAGAGAACGCACGUGG